UAGGAAAGCAGCUGUUUACUAUUUUUGGAAGAAAACAACACGUAGCUCAUCAAUUGACAAAUAUUUCUUGAUUGCCAUAAAAUAAACCGAUGUAGAAGCAUUUAAAGUUUUUAGAAAUCAGCAACUAUGAAUAGUGUCCACAGAAGAUUAACAAAACUAACGCUGGUUCUGGCCCUGCUUUCGGCGGCGGCAGCCCACGAAGCCAAAGAUUUUGACGAUUCCAUUUUGUACAAAAUUGAUUUUGAAGUUCCCGAGUUGAUUGGACAGCCAGACUUGGGCAACCAGCUGCGGACGUUCUACACGCCGGAUAAGGAGAAGUACGAAUGCCUGAUUCCCACUUUUGAGCGCCAGAAGGAGGAAAAGAAGUCCGACAAGCCGGAGUUGUCUCCCAUUAGCCUGUUGCAGCCCAUUUUCUCCGCUCUGACCUGUUCGUACCGCAUUGAAGCCUAUUGGUCGUACGAAAUCUGCCACGGACACCAUGUGCGCCAGUACCAUGAGGAGCGCGAAGGCAAGAACAUCAAGUUUCAGGAAUUCUAUCUGGGCAAGUGGGGCGACGACAAGACAGAGCUGCUGAGCAAGACGUGGGCGGCCGAACUGAAGGAUGGCGGCAAGCCCAAAUACAAGACCCUCAAGAUCGACAACACACGGUAUCCCUACUUCGAGAUGGAGUUCAACGAUGGCACCAUGUGCGAAAUUAUCGAUUCUCCCCGCACCACAAUGGUGCGCUAUGUGUGCUAUCCGCACGGUAAGGACGACAUUUACUCGUUCAAGGAGACCUCCUCGUGUAAUUAUGAAGCCAUUAUCCUCACCUCGGCGCUGUGCGUCAUCCCUGGCUUCCAUGCCGAGGAGACCAAGGAGCUGUCCAUCAAGUGCUUCAACUCGGAAACUGAGCCGCACAGGCCACUGAGCAUGCUACGUUCGGAGCUAAGUGAGUGGGCUGAAUCCGAAACGGAUUUACUCGUUUCCAAGGAGAAGGAAAGCAAGCCGCCUGCCAAACUCUGGCCAAAGGCCGAGGGAGACAUGGUGACGUUCAAGUACAGCGGGGAUGUGGAUAAGAUCAUACUGGAGCUAAUGAGUAACGGGGACCUCGAGGUGGACGGCGACUAUCAGCAGCUUCUGCUUAGCCGAACUGCCGGCGGCUCUAUGCCAACUCCUAUCAGCGAUCUGACGCCCAUCAAGGAGUUCGUUUCGGGCAAGAAUUGCCUAACUGGGGGAAACGGCUGGUGGAAGUACGAGUUCUGCUAUGGGCGUCAUGUACGCCAGUUCCACAAGGACAAGAACAGCGAGGUAGAGCUGUUCCUGGGCUAUUUCUCGGAGGAGGCUCAUCGCCAGUGGGCCAACACCAAUCCGGAUAAGGGCGCCCGGCGUGCCGGCUUCACAUCCUCCAUUUGGCAUCAUUACGGCAAGGGCACCCACUGCGACCGUACUGGACUGCCCCGUGAGGUUGACGUCAAGCUGACCUGCACGCCGGUCACCACCAGCGGCACAGCCGUGUCCAUGUAUCUGCUGGAGCCGAAGACGUGCCAGUAUAUUCUGGUCGUUGAAUCGCCCACGAUCUGUGAUCUCAUGCAUUACGCGGACGCUCAUGGCCUGGUGAAGCCGGAGAAUCUGCAAAAAGCCCUAGCUAACGACGGCGAGAAGCCGGCCCCAACGGUAUCAGCACCUUCCACGGGUCGUACGGCCAGCGAGGAGGAGGAGAUUCGCUCUUAGACUAACUAAAUUCUGUAUUCCAACUCUAGUGAAUUACUUGUAAAAACAAUGAAUUUAAUUUUAAAAGUG